AUGGCAGAAAAUGAAUUGGAGGCCGGAGAGGAGCCAUUUCUUAGACAAAGGCAAGUCCUGUUCCUCUUUGUUUUUCUUGGUGGUAUUCUGGCUGGGUCUGAAUCAAGACGCUACUCUGUGGCUGAGGAGAAAGAGAGGGGCUUUUUAAUCACCAACCUAGCAAAGGAUUUGGGGCUGAGUGUAGGGGAACUGGCCGUGAGGGGAGCCCAAAUUGUGUCUAAAGGGAACAGAGAGCGCCUUCAGCUCAGCCAUCAGACCGGUGAUUUGCUCCUGCAGGAGAAAUUGGACCGGGAGGAGCUAUGCGGCCCCACAGAGCCAUGUAUACUGCAUUUUCAGAUUUUACUGCAAAACCCUCUGCAGUUUAUUCCAAAUGAGCUUCAGAUCAUAGAUGUAAAUGACCAUUCUCCAGUAUUCUUUGAAAAUGAAAUGCAGCUGAAAAUCCCAGAAAGUACUCCACCGGGAACAAUAAUUCCACUGAGAAAUGCUGAGGACUUGGAUGUGGGGAGAAACAGCCUCCAAAACUACACCAUCACUCCGAAUGCCCAUUUCCACGUUCUCACAAACAGGCGUAGGGAUGGAAGGAAGUACCCAGAAUUAGUGCUGGACAAAGCGCUGGACCGCGAGGAGCAGCCGCAGUUCAGUUUAACGCUCACAGCGCUGGAUGGCGGAUCGCCGCCCAGGACAGGCAACGUUCAGCUCCACAUCCUGGUCUUAGACAUAAAUGACAACGCCCCAGAAUUUACACAGCCCCUCUAUGAGGUUGAAGUUCCAGAGAACAGCCCCGUUAACUCUGUUAUUGUCACAGUCUCAGCUUCUGAUUUAGAUAUAGGGACUUUUGGGACAAUAGCGUACUCAUUUGUUCAUGCUUCUGAAGAAAUUUCCACAACUUUUCAAUUAAAUCCAAUUACUGGUGAUAUCCAUUUAAUCAAAUAUUUGAAUUUCGAGGCAAUUAAUAGUUAUGAGGUUGACAUAGAAGCCACAGAUGGUGGAGGCCUUACCGGAAAAUCAACAGUAAUAGUUCAGGUGGUUGAUGUCAAUGACAACCCACCAGAGCUGACCUUGUCGUCAAUUACCAGCCCAAUCCUAGAAAACUCACCAGAGACGGUGGUGGCCAUUUUCAGUGUUUCUGAUCCAGAUUCUGGAGACAAUGGGAGAAUGAUGUGUUCCAUCCAGAACAAUCUCCCCUUUGUCCUAAAACCAUCCGUAGACAACUUUUAUACCCUGGUGUCCGAAGGAGCCCUGGACAGAGAGAGCCAGGCCGAGUACAACAUCACUAUCACCGUCACCGACUUGGGGACCCCCAGGCUGAAAACCCAGCACAAUAUAACCGUGGUGGUCUCCGACGUCAACGACAACGCCCCCGCCUUCACCCAGCCCUCCUACAGCCUGUUCCUCCGUGAGAACAACAACCCCGCCCUGCACUUCGGCAGCGUCAGCGCCACAGACAGGGACGCGGGCGCCAACUCCCAGCUCACCUACUCGCUGCUGCCGCCCCGGGACCCGCGCCUGCCCCUGGCCUCGCUGGUGGCCAUCAACGCCGACACCGGCCAGCUGUUCGCGCUGCGGGCGCUGGACUUCGAGGCGCUGCGUGCGUUCGAGUUCGGCGUGGGCGCCACGGACCGCGGGGCGCCCGCGCUGAGCAGCCAGGCGCUGGUGCGCGUGCAGGUGCUGGACGCCAACGACAACGCGCCCUCCGUGCUGUACCCGCCGCACAACGGCUCCGCGCCCUGCACCGAGCUGGUGCCCAGGGCGGCCGAGCCGGGCUACCUGGUGAGCAAGGUGGUGGCGGUGGACGCCGACUCGGGCCAGAACGCCUGGCUGUCGUUCCAGCUGCUCAGGGCCACGGAGCCCGGGCUGUUCGGCGUGUGGGCGCACAAUGGCGAGGUGCGCACGGCGCGGCCGCUGGGCGAGCGCGACGCGGCCAGGCACAGGCUGGUGGUGCUGGUCAGGGACCAUGGCGAGCCCGCGCUGUCCGCCAGCGUCACGCUGCACGUGCUGCUGGUGGACGGCUUCUCGCAGCCCUACCUGCCGCUGCCCGAGGCGGCGGCCGAGCAGGCGCGGGCGGAUCCGCUGACCGUGUACCUGGUGGUGGCGCUGGCGGCGGUGUCGUCGCUGUUCCUGUUCUCGGUGCUGGCGUUGGUGGCGGUGCGGCUGUGCAGGCGGAGCAGGGCGGCCUGGGCGGGUGGCUGCUCGGUGCCUGAGGGCCACCUUCCUGGCCACCUGGUGGACGUGAGCGGUACUGGGACCCUGUCCCAGAGUUACCAGUAUGAGGUGUGUCUGAUGGGAGGCUCAGGGACCAGCGAGUUCAAGUUCCUCAAACCCAUUCUUCCCAAUAGUUUGGUUCAAGACAUUGAGCAAGAGUAG